AAUGCCCUGUAUAACCGAACUCUAGUCCCUUGCCUAAAAUGGCAGUAUUUUACCAUUCAAUCAGAAUUGGUACUUCAAAUGUAUCAAACAUUUUGGGAUCGAAUGGGUACAUGAUAGCAUUAUCAAGCACAAAUUUGCUAUAUUGCGCCUGGUGUUGGCAUUAACUAUUCACCUUUCCCAAUGCCAAGGCUUGGCUUCCCUGAAUUGAGUGAAUUCCCUCCUAACGUCUCUCAGCAUAUCCAUUCGUCUUUCCCAAUGCCAUCUGAACGGACGAGGCUUGAUCUCCCACCCCGGCUAAGAUUUAUUGGAAAGCUCAAUCUUCCCAGUAGCUGAAAAAGCCCAAAGGCCAUAACUCCCCUCUAUAUAAAGCCCACUCCAUCGCACCACUUGACCCAAGCCAUCACAACAGCGUUGUCUUGUCUUAUAACAAAGUCCGGUUACACUGACAGCAUUCGUGAUGAAGGCCACCACCUUGUGCUCCCUCCUCCUCCUCUCCUCCCUCCUCCUCCUCCUCCUCCUCCCGAGGGAGGCUGCCGCCGCCGUGAACUGUGCUGUUGUUGCUGCCAAGGCAGCACCAUGCCUGAGCUUUGCGACAGGCAAGGUCCCGAGGCCUCCCGCGGCGUGCUGCGCCGGGCUGCAGCAGCUCGCACAUCAGGCCGUCACGGUCGCCGACCGGAGGACCACUUGCCAUUGCUUGGAGAACGGAGUGAAGAGAUUCCCCGGGGUGCAAGACAGGUUCCUCAGCAAGAUCCCCGCAGCUUGUAACAUCAGAGUUGGCUUUCCAGUUUCCCGCAACACCAACUGUGACAGGAUUAAGUGAACUGGGGAGUUGGCGAGAAGCCAGCAAGUUAUCGUAUGUCUCAUAUAAAUAAAGGGAUCAUUGGCUCUUGCUUGAAGAAGGUUUAGCUAUACAUGCACAUGUAAUCCCGCAUCGAUGGAUCAAUAAAAUUAUCUUGAUAUAAAUAAGGUGGUUCCUGAUCACUUAUCGACGCAAUGUAGAUCUUGCAGAGAUGAUAUGGUCAUGCGCAACCAAAUGAGAUGAAGUAGGAAAAUGAAUAAGAUGAACUUACGGCCGCACAAAAGAAGGGGUGAAUCUAGGUAACAUGACAUGAAGAUGAACAGAUUGAUAAAAAGAAUUGCAUUAACAUGAGAAUGAGUGGCAUGGAGAUAA